AUGAUUGGCACUGCUGCGAGCUACAACAACUUCCAUGAACCAUGUCUCCGAGAUAGUAUCAUACUGACGAUUGUCUCAGAAGGAACCAGUAUCUUCUGUGGCCUGGUGACCUUCGCUGCUCUCGGAGUCAUGUCACAGAAAACGGGAGUUCCCAUUGAAACUGUUGUCUCAGGGGAUCCAGAUUUGGGAUUUGUGACCUAUCCAGACGCUCUUGCACAACUUCCGGUCCCUCAGCUGUGGUCAUUCAUGUUCUUUCUGAUGUUGUUCAUGGUUGGUUUGGAUUCACAGUUCCUGAGUACUGAAGUCGUUAUUACUGCCCUGAUUGACCAGUAUCCGCAGCAGCUGAGCAAGAAGAGGAUGUUUCUAACAGGAGGAUGCUGCCUGACAGUAUUUCUGAUUGGACUCAUCUUCUGUACCCAGGUCACUAUGCUUACCUGUUGA